UCCUGUUUUCCAGAGAAUUAAAAAGAAAAAAAGAAAUUCGAUUCUUGAAAUUUACAAGUUGGAAGAACUCUCUGUUAAGCGGUGCAACCCACCCGGAUCAUCACUGUGAGAAAUGGGCGUCCCAGAAACCGACCCGCUUUCCCAACUGAGUCUGCCGCCGGGUUUCCGGUUCUACCCGACGGAUGAAGAGCUUCUGGUGCAGUACCUCUGCAGAAAAGUUGCAGGCCACCAUUUUCCUCUGCAAGUCAUUGGAGAUGUCGAUUUGUACAAAUUCGACCCCUGGGAUCUUCCAAGUAAAGCUCUAUUUGGAGAGAAAGAAUGGUAUUUUUUCAGCCCGAGAGACAGGAAGUACCCGAAUGGGUCGAGGCCCAACAGGGUUGCCGGGUCCGGGUACUGGAAAGCAACUGGAACCGACAAGAUUAUUACGACGGAGGGAAGGAAAGUUGGGAUAAAGAAAGCUCUUGUUUUCUACGUCGGAAAAGCUCCGAAAGGGACAAAAACCAACUGGAUCAUGCAUGAAUACAGACUCUCUGAAUCUCCGAGGAAGAAUGGGGGCAAUAAGUUGGAUGAUUGGGUGUUGUGCAGAAUCUACAAGAAGAACUCCGGCGGCGGCGGAGGGGGGCAGAAGCCCGUCGUUUGCAGCGGACAGAGUAAGGAGUACAGCCACGGGUCUCCGUCGCAGUCGUCGUGUUCGUCUCAGCACGACGACGUUUUGGAAUCGUUUCCGGAGAUGAAUUCUCUCGAGAAUUUUGAGCAGGAAGAUCAGAAGCUGAUGAAUCUUCAGCGAUUGGGGUCAUGGAACUUUGAUUGGGCUACUCUUGCUGGACUGGGCCCUAUUUGGGCCGAAGAGGUUCAGGCCCAACAUGGUCAGACGAGAAAUGGCAUGUAUGCCCCUGAUGCUGUUAUGGACGACGACGUACAGACCGGGCUUGUGAACAAUCAGCGGGUACACGACUCGGGUUUCUUUCCGACCGGGUUCGGUCAGGGACUUUCCGGAUCGCUCGACCCAUUUGGAAUCCGGUACCCGGCCCAAACGACCCUAGGGUCGGGGUUUCGGCAGUGAAAGUGUGAAUGGAUACUUUUGGGGUGGAUUUGUAAUAUUAGCAUGAGAAGAUUGUUUGGGGCGAUUGUGUAAAUACUUGUAAUUCUUUGGGCUAAAGUUUUGUCUUCGCCAGAUUGAGGAGAGAUCCAAGGAAAUAUGAUUAAUUUUUGGGGAGUUAAAAAUGAAUAAUAAAUAUUCUUGCAGAAAGGAAU